UUACCACGUGCUUUAUUGUAAUCAGCAUAAACAGGACACUAACCACUAAUAUAUCAUGCACUUUUUAUAAUAAAUCAAAUCAAUAUUGCGUUAAUAGGCACAAAACAGAGCAUCUUUUACUGAUUACUUAACAUAUAUUGAAAUCGAAAUAUCACAAUAUUACAAAGAAUUUUUGUGAGAAUCGAUUCUGGAACUUGUAGUGCUAGUAGCAAUCUUCAGAUGAUACGUUUGUUAUUACCGCGGUAUAGGUUAUGUUAUGAUUUAAAAAUUCAAAGAAACGACAAAAUGAAUAUUGUCAGCAGACAGUGGACUCGAAUUUUUAAGACAGAUAUAAUGCAUAAUCAAUUUUGUAUUCUUGGAAGAGCCCUUGCUUACAAAAGUGCUUUUUCUCUUGAUAAGCUAUAUCCCACAAGCAAUUUAAAACUGUUCACGCCAACCUUUGUUCCUGAUGAUCCAAAUGCUAAAUUUGAUGGCUAUAUACCAAUUAAAGAACUUGAUAUCACCUAUAGUCGUAGCAGCGGUGCUGGAGGACAGCAUGUAAAUCGCACAAAUAGUAAAGUAGAUCUAAGGUUGCAUGUAGAAAGUGCUACGUGGCUAGCAGAGAGUAUUAGAAAUAAAUUAUUGGAACAGUAUAAAAAUAAAUUAUCUAAAGAGGGUUACUUAAUAAUCAAGUCAGAGUUAACAAGAUCUCAACAAUUAAAUUUAGCUGAUGCUCUUCAAAAAUUGAGAGAAAUAAUAUGGGAAGUGGCAAAACCACCAUCAGAAAUACCUCCUGAAACUUUGGAAAUGAAAAGAAAACAGCAUCUUCGAGCAGCAAGACAAAGGCUUUUUGAAAAACGAAGACGUUCUGAAAUCAAACAAUCUAGAGGAGCUCCUACUAUGGACUUUUAAUCUUCUUUAUGUUAUAUAUUGUACAUAGAACAAUAUACUUUUCAAUAAAUGAGAUAUGAUACAAAAUGUGUAAUCAUAAAAUAUAUGUACGUAUUAUUGUAACAGUAAUGAUUUUGAAUAUUAGAUGGUGGCUUUCUUAAUUUUUA